GAGCGGCAGUUCUACAGCGAGAUCCUGGACGCCACGCUGACCAUCACCGUCACCAUGCGGACGCUGGACCUCAUCGACGAGGCCUACGGCUUCGACUUCUACAUUCUCAAGACUCCAAAGGCUGAUAUGUGCUCGAAGCUGGGGAUGGAUUUGAAGCGAACAAUGCUGCUGCGGCUCGCGCGGCGGGAUCCUAAGCUGCAUCCUGAUGACCCCGCCAGAAGAGAGGCGAUCUAUAAUAAGUACCAGGAAUUUGCGAUCCCGGAAGAGGAAGCUGAAUGGGUUGGCUUGAGUUUAGAAGAAGCAAUAGAAAAACAGAGGCUCCUAGAAAAAAAGGACCCUGUGCCACUCUUUAAGGUGUACACUGAAGAGCUCGUCAACCAGCUGAAAGAGCAGGCAUCACAGAAGCAGUAG